AUGACGUUCACAAACGUACUUGGAGAACUCCUUCAAUCAUGGAAAAGUCGAUAUUCUAAAAAGAACGUACACAAAACCAUCAACAUCAAGCAUGAAUACAUAGAGUUCUUACAGCAUACUGAUUUCCGAAGAGAUCUGAAAAUAUGUUAUCCUGAUUUGGUUGCAUCCAUUGGACAUAAAUAUGGUCAUAUAGAGCUCAAAGGUCCAGCUUGCCAAGUUGUAGACGUGACUGUCAUAAUAAAUAAGCAACUACAUAGAAUUUGUGAGAAGCAGUUAACGUUAUCUCAGUCAGACUUAGUUUGGAAUAUUGUUGCGAGGAAUCGAUGGAGUGAGUAUUUCGCCAGACAACUUGGUAAAGAAAACAUAAAAGCUAAA